AUAAAAUAUUGAGUGGCUAUUUGAUAGGCGAGCUCAAUCUCACAUUUUCACAUUUUAAACAACAUUACACACUUUUUCACUCACACUUACUUCCAAAAACUACCAACAACGUUAACCAAUCUACUCUACCAAACACCCCUACUUUAUUUUAUUUCCCAAAUAACCAAUCAACACAUUUCAUCUUUUUGUCUCAUUGAUUAUCUCUCACUCCCUGCUCUGCUCUGCUCUGCUCUUAUAUCCCCACAAACUCAUCCUCCUCACUCUGAGUUAUUUUUGUCUAAGCUUAAGUCAUGGAAAACAGUAGCUCUUAUUCUGAUCAGAAAUCAGAUUCAUUGGAGGCUGGAAAUGGCAGUGGAUUUCAAGUUCAUGUGUUCUCAUCAUCAUCUGAGUUGCUUGAAAAGCUGCAUGAGAAGUGGAAUUCAGUGAAAAAGCAACCAUAUCCAGCAAUGUAUUCCAGCACAUUUGGAGGAAUUAUUCUUGAUCCAGCCAUGAUGGUAAUUCCAAUUGAUGAUCACAUGGUUCAUCGAGGGCAUGGUGUGUUUGACACAGCUAUUAUAUUAAAUGGAUACCUCUAUGAGCUGGAUGCUCACUUGGACCGUUUCCUCAGAUCGGCUUCAAAUGCAAGGAUUUCGUCUCCCUUUCCUCGGUCAGUUCUUCGAAGCAUUCUUGUGCAGCUGAGUGCAGCAUCUCAGUGCAAGAAAGGAACUCUGAGGUACUGGUUAAGUGCAGGUCCUGGAGAUUUCUUGCUUUCACCUGCAGGAUGCCCAACCUCUGCAUUCUAUGCUGUAGUCAUAGAUGAAGACUUUUCUCAGUGCAAAGAAGGGGUGAAAGUGGUGACAUCCACUGUCCCCAUGAAGGCACCUCAAUUUGCAACAAUGAAGAAUGUAAACUACCUCCCUAAUGUCCUUUCACAGAUGGAAGCUGAGGAGAAGGGAGCAUUUGCUUCUAUUUGGGUUGAUGAGGAAGGUUAUAUUGCUGAAGGCCCAAAUGUAAAUGUUGCUUUUAUCAACCAUGAUAAGGAGCUUCUCUUGCCUUCGUUUGAUAAGAUCCUCAGUGGGUGCACUGCAAAAAGGCUUCUUGAACUUGCAUCCAAGUUGGUCGAGCAGGGACGUCUAAAAGAUGUGAAAAAUACAAAUUUAACUGUGGAGGAAGCAAAAGGUGCUGCUGAAAUGAUGUUUGUAGGAAGCACGCUACCUGUAUUGCCAAUCAUCAGUUGGGAUGAACAACCCAUUGGAGAUGGUAAAGUGGGAGAAUUAACAAUGGCACUCUCGGAUCUGCUUUGGGAUGAUAUGGUAGCUGGACCUGAAGUACAGAGGAUACCUGUUCCUUACGUGUAGUCAUACCCAAGUAUAUCAAAUUACAGAGGCUGAACUGAAAGAGUGGUUUCAUCUUGUGCUCAUUAUUCUUGUUGUUGCAUGUUUUAGCAAAGGCAUUCUUCAUAUCUGCCUUUAAAAAAAAAAGUGUUGGUUUUCUGUAUAAAAUGUGAAGAAGUCUUGAAUAAAACACUGGAUUAGGCAUCUUUGCCUUCUUGGAAAUGACAAUGGGAAGCAAUUAUCAAGGGGACGGAGUAGAUUUCAUAUAAAGAGUUCCCAGAAUUGAGUGUCAUUGUAGAAACAAAUGUAAAACUAAGAUGGAUUUUUUUUUAAAUAAAAAAAGGUUUAUAAAAUACUCGGAAUUUGACAUGUAAAAGUCUUUUACAAGAAAGUUUUACUUGUUGCUUGCUUGCUAAGGAAUUUAGUGAUUUCCUUCUAUAAUUAUGGCUUGCUCCCAGGUACUUGAACUCUUGUAGAUAUCCUGUAAUUUUCUUUUAAACUUAUAUCUUCUAAGUUGACACUUCAACGUUGUUGUGGUGCAAACUAGAGACAAAUGAUAAAUCCAGAAAUUUGUUUUUAGCAAGCUUAAUUUAUUUUUAUUAAUUCUGC